CUUCCUUCUUGCUAUUAGACUGUUUGUAACUCACCGUCUUAAUCCUUCAUACAAGAAUGUGACUUCCUAAUUCUUAUUUAUUCCUAACAAAAUUUGUGGCACAAUAGGGUACCAAAAGGGUUACUAUCCUGUCCAAGUAUAUCUUUCAAUUUUUUUCAGCACCGGAACCAUUGCUUACAGACCUGAAAUCAAUUUUAUCAGAGGCUUCAAUCUCGUCAAUACAUAUUUGAAAUGAUCAAAAAUCCCUUAAUUAUGUAUGGCAGAAUGUUCUAAGUGUAAUGCCCCAAUGAUCUAAAAUCGUUCAUUUGUUCUUAAAUUUAAUUUGAUUUCCAAUGAAUAAGACAGGCAAGAAACGGAAAAAGGGUUAUGUCGGGGAGUCUAUUUUGUCUUAUUUUAUCCGAGACGAAAAAUACAAAGCUCCUGCCGAAACCGUGAACCCAUGUAAUAUAUCUACAUCUCUCCCAGUAUCUAAAAGCAACCCACUCGAAAAAACUCCUAGAAAAUGCCCUUUUAUAAAUGGAUUCCAGGUUUGUUAAAUUAUUUAAGUUUAUAGUAAUGAUAGACACAUCAUUUACUGUUGAUGCUUUCUGUUAUGCUGAAAUUCCAGGAUGUACCUGUUACUUCCUCUCCCAUUUCCAUUUUGAUCAUUUCAGAGGCAUCCACAAGAAUUUUAAAGGAGAUAUCUAUUGCAGCGAGGUGACAAAGAAUCUUUUGAGAAAUGCUUAUGGUUUGGGGCUGGUUAUUAAUGUGCUUGAGAUAGAGAAAAGUACGAAGAUUGGCGAUGUAGAAGUAACAGCUUUAGAUGCUAAUCAUUGUCCUGGCUCUUUAAUGUUCCUUUUCUAUGUGCCAUCAAAACAGAAGACUUAUCUACAUACUGGUGACUUUCGUUAUACACCAUCAAUGUUAACUCAUCCAAGUAUAUUAACAAAUUAUUUAUCGGACGACAGUUCUUCCAAAAAGUUACCAAGAAUACAUUCAAUAUUUUUGGAUACAACAUGUCACUUUUGACAAGAUAGAAAUUUUUCAUGUAUUGAUUUUAUGAAUGAUCUACCAAUUUUUAGAUAUUGUUCAUCUCAGUAUGACUUUCCCACUCAACUGGAUGUUAUUCAUGGAGCACUGGAAGUUACACGUGAUUAUCUGAUAAAAGAUCCUACCAUUUUAGUUGUUUGUGGAAUGUACUCAAUAGGCAAGGAGCGAUUUACACUUGGUAGGUAUUACUUAUAACAGUACGGCUUCAAUUUUCUUUAUUACUAUUAUACAUAAGCAAUAGUUUCCACUUAUUCUGAAUGUGGUACCCGAUCAAGUUUCCGAACUAUUAAACAGACUAUCAUUUUCAUGUAAAAUUUCUUUUGUCUGUUUUGGUUGUUACAAGUUAAUCUGUUUCAUUCAUCAUUAAAUGAUUUCGUAAUCCUAUAGUAUUGACAUGAAUAACCGGUAUAUAUGCACGAAAAAUUACGUUUUGUAUAUUUCUCUAACGCCUAUAAAUAAAUAUGUAUUUGUCAUUCAACACAUUCGUCAAGUUAUGUAUUCUCUUAUACUGUCUCUGAUAAGAUCUAGACAAUCAAAUGCUUUUGUACAGUUUUUUCUUUCUAUAUUUUAAGUAGGUCGAUUACAGUCAUUGUAAUCAAACAAUAUAUUUUUUUGAUUUAUUCAGUAAAUUCGCUUGUUAGCUCAAAUAGUUGUAUUAAUUGUUUCUGGAAAUACAUGUUUUCCCAUCACAAUUCUUUUCACUCUUUAUCUUCUUAUAAAUUUUGGAUUUGGUGUCAUUCUUAUCAUUUCAUGCUCUGAUCUUUGUUUUUCUAACUUCAUUUCUUAUGUUUUUAGUAUCUUUAGUGUGUAGUUAGCAGUGCAAUCUAAAUUAGUCGUUUAUUCAUAUUCGGGAGUCGUCAGUUAGAUAUGCAUGCAUCUCAGUGUUCAUGUUUGCACUGAGAUUCGAACACAAUACUUUGCGCUUCAAAUGCUAGUGUGUUGUCUACAAAGCUGUUGAUUCCAGACAACUACUAACUUGUUCAACAGAUGUGAAGGUAUUAGUAAAGAUUUGUGAUAUCUCCUUAUUGAUAUUCAAGAAUAAGAAUCUUAGUUAUCGUAUGGAAUCAGUAGCUCAAUAGAUAACUCAUCGAAGUUUGAAGCAAAAGGUUUUGGGUUCAGGUUUCAGUGUGGACAUCAUUAUUAAGAUGAAGGUAAAUUCAGACGAAUCUCAAAGAAGGCGAAAUACACAGUCUGGAUCCCACUGCUAACCGUAUUACCAAAUAUACUAAAAAUUUGC